UUUGGUAUAUUUUCGUAAAUAAUUUCUAUAUUAUGUACAGUCCAAAACGAACAAAAUAAGACCCUGUUUUAAAAUAGAGCUUCUGCUGGUUUUACUGGCAUCCUGAAGGGGCAGCACUGUCCCUGGUUACAGAGCGUGGAGACGGAACUGGGAAGUUAAUUCAAUAAAUCAGUGCUUCCUAAUUGAACCGCCUCAUUUAACCUAAUGACAAUUCGUUAAGUACAUUUCAUUAUAACGGCAUUCAUUUGCACUGAAUAUUGGCAAUACAUGUGUAACACUGCUGCACCAUCGAGAGAAAAUCACGCUAGGAGUGACCUAGUUUCCUUACGUGAAAAAUGACGUUCACUUGCGAUCUGUCAACGCCUAUGAAGUCAUAGCAGGUGUGGUUAUAUUUUUGUAGCGUUACAGCAGCGAUUGAACAUCUUGAGGAUAGCCGAAUGUGGUGACUUCAGUUAUGAUUCAUUGGCAGUUUGCUUACUAACUCACGGGGUCUGAACGUCACAGUUCUUGCGUUUUCAGUUGCACGAAGGAUACUGUGCUAUAUGCAACUGUAAAUAGUGGGAGAAGGAAGCAUUAUAAGAUAACAUGGAGCUGGCACGAAAAGAUCACAUUGUUAUGACACCAAAAUGCAAAACUACUGAUUCAACAACCCUUGCGAUUGAACGUAGGGCAGUUCCUUUGGAUGAUACCAAGAAUGACAAAAUACAUGUUGCUGGUGGUGACCACCAGGGAAUCAUAAUUAACAAAGAACUGGCAAAGGAUGCGGAUGAUAGCCCAGCACAGCUGUCCCUGGAGUUCAGGGUGUUCCUCGUGAAUGCCCAGACAGGCAGCCAUACACGCGAGAGCCGUACGCUGCACUAUUGGUUCGCAGAGGAGCUGCCAGCGGCGGAGCGUCCGUCUGUGGCUCAGCUGUUCUUCAGGGAGCUGGUCAGCCCACAAGAAUUCCCCAGGGAUUAUGUUGGUUUCAUCAAGAAAGUUAUGAAACUGCUGCAGCAUGGAUUUACUGGUAUCCAGAAAGUGGAAGUCACUCUAAAGCAGCUUGGUACAUCUGACCAACCUCCGCCUUCAGCUAGACCCUUAUCCGCAGAUGAGAGCACACUGGGUGCCGUCGCUCCGCUCACAGAAGAACGCAUCAAAGAACUGCUGGAAUCUUCUUUUCCGAACCCGGUGACUGCGGUGGAGCUGGCGCGUUCCAACGGCUGGUCCGAGGAGGAAGUGCAGGCACAGUUGUCACAGCUGACGGAGAAGGGCAUUGCCAAGGCUCUUGAGCACGGUGCAUACACACGCGCAGUUGCUACCAAAGUGCAGGUUGUGCGUAACAUGCCGGCCAUGGUGCAGUCCAAGCAGCCGACAAUCGCAAUCAUCACUGCACAGUACUGUGAGAAGUUGGCAGUGGACUCCAUGCUAGAUAACCGGGAAACCUUUGUACGGUACACAACAGUCGGUACAUUGGCGAAAGACCCCGUGACUGGCAAGUCGGUGAGCUUGAAGCGUUUUGGAGAAUCAAAUGUCUACACAUUGGGCAACAUUGGAGCACACCGUAUCGUAUGCACAAAGUUGCCAACUGUCGGCCACACACGGGAGGCCAUUACUGCUGCGGGAAAUACAACAACCAGGAUGCUGGGGACUUUCCAGAAAGUGGACCAUGUGUUUUUGGUAGGUGUCGGAGGUGGAGUGCCUCACUACACGGACUACAGGAGGCACGUCAGGCUCGGCGAUGUUGUCGUCUCGCAUCCUGUUGAUGGCAAGAGGUCAGUUUAUGUCUAUUGUGAGAAUGCUGCAUUAUCGGAGUCUGGUGGGGCAGAGUUUGAGAUAAAGGAAUAUUGCCCAAACAACAUGGGACUGCAGGAGAUUGCUGCCCAGCUGCAGGCAGAGGCAGAAUCCCGGGACGAACCACCGUGGAUGCAGUUGAUGCGGGAAGCAAUAAACUCGUUGCAGUCAGAGUCCGAACACAAUUUCUCUCAGCCUCCCGCUGACUCAGAUAAGCUGUACAUGGCUAUUGGAGAACGGGAUCUCAUAGAAGUGGCCCACCCAUCCCCACAAGAAGGUGCUGAAAAUCACAGGCGGAAAGGCUGUCCAUGGCUCCACCUGUCUCCCGUUGCGUCCGGGCGGGGCGUAGCUCGUGAUGAAGCGCUGAGGCAGCAGCUGGCCCACGAGACGGGGGCACUCGCAUUUGACUCGGAGUUCGACGCAGUGCUCGAUGCUGUGACUGGGUCAUGCAGAGACAGCUUCCUUGUAGCGCGCGGUAUUGCUGACUACCGCGACGGCGGCCGUCCAGGGGCAGCAGGCUCCCAGUGGCAGCCAUAUGCCGCCCUCGCGGCUGCAGCGGUUGUGCGCUGCAUCGUCGAGAGAGUCCCAGCUGUGUGUGACUAGCAUCUGUACUGAGAGACAACACUCUUUGCUGGUAAUUUAUUUCAUUAGGCAGUCCAAGACCUCAUUCAAAUUCCUAAUUUUUAUAGAACUUGUUUUGGUCAUAUAGAGGAUAAACUUGGUUUAGAGUUUUAUUCAUUAAUUAUGCAUGAUCACUAGAAAUUACAUUGUAGGACUGUGGUCCUUAAUCACAGCUAUGUGGCUUAAGUUGUUAUAUUUGCCACAUUGUUCAUUUUAUUGAAGACUAGUUGUUGCAUUUAAUUGUAAAUUCAAUACUGGUAACUAAUGCUGAGUUUCGUAAAGAAUAUUCAUUAGUGUGUGUGUGUGUGUGUGUGUGUGUGUGUGUGUGUGUGUGUGUGUCUAAUAGGGAUAGGUACUUUUUGAUAUUUUAAGACUGUGCUGCUCAUCAUAAUUUGCUGUGAAGAGGUCAUCUUACUUCUAUGAUACUUAAAAACACAUCCUCCUGUCCAAAUAUGUUGUUCCUACUGUCACACACAUAAAUGAUCUGUGUUGUAUUGUCUUCUCUUGACUGGCCGGAGAGAUAUAAUUAUAUUUUCCCAAGUUCAUUUUGCAUGUACUCUCUUCACAGCCGUGUAGUUUAUUAUAUGCAUGCUGGAUUUUUUUAUUUUGUUAUUAAGUAUACUGUCUCCUGUUUCUUUUGGGAACAGUGUGUUUUAUUAGAGGGAACUGUUACGGCAGAUAUUGGUCCAUAUUUUAAUAUAGGGUAGAGUAUAAGUCAUGAAGAGGAAAGUUAGAAGUACAGAUAAUAUUGUUAUAUAAGUUAUAAGGUGUGCCAGGAUCAGGAUGUAAUUGUAAGGCAGCAAUGUGUAACUGAGGUGCUAACAUUAGACUGGACUAGUACAGUUA